AUGAGUUCAUAUUUCGUCAACUCGCUCUUCUCCAAAUACAAAAGCGGGGACUCGCUACGUCCGAACUACUACGAGUGCGGGUUUGCGCAGGACCUGGCCGGCAGCCGGCCCACCGUGGUGUACGGCCCGGGCUCCGGCGCCACCUUCCAGCACGCCCCGCAGAUCCAGGACUUCUACCACCACAGCGCCUCAACGCUGCCCAGCAACCCGUACCAGCAGAGCCCCUGCGCGGUCACAUGCCACGGCGAGCCGGGCAACUUCUACGGAUACGACGCCCUGCAGCGGCAGACGCUGUUCGGCGCGCAGGACGCGGACCUGGUCCAGUACAGCGACUGUAAACUGGGGAGCGCGCCGGGGCUCGGCGCCGAGGACGCGGAGGGGACCGAGCAGAGCCCCUCGCCGACGCAGCUCUUCCCCUGGAUGAGGCCGCAAGCAGCGGGCAGGCGGCGGGGCCGGCAGACCUACAGCCGCUACCAGACCCUGGAGCUGGAGAAGGAGUUCCUGUUCAACCCCUAUCUGACCCGGAAGCGCCGCAUCGAGGUGUCGCACGCGCUGGCGCUGACGGAGCGGCAGGUGAAGAUCUGGUUCCAGAACCGGAGGAUGAAGUGGAAGAAGGAGAACAACAAGGACAAGUUUCCCAGCAGCAAGACCGAGCAGGAGGCGGUGGAGAGGGAGCGGAGGGAGAAGGAGUUUCGGGACGGCGGCGGGAGCGAAGGUGGCGAAGGCGGCGAAGGCGGUGGUGAGGGAGGAGGAGGCGGAGGAGGCGCGGUGGCGGUGCCGGUGGCGGUGGCGGGCACGGCGGGAUCACAGGCCUCCGUGAACGAGGACUGCUGCGAGAAAACUCACAAGCAGAUGUAG